ACUAAUGCCGGCUCAAGUUCUUGUGUUGUUGACUUGAGGACAGCUAGCGGUGGUCGCUGUGCUGCGAAAAUCCACUGAACUAAAUGCAAUUGAUGGUUUAGAAUGACCUGAACCAUGAAAAUGAGAGAUGACGAGAACAAGCGAGCUGUGGAAAGCGAGGAAGAGGGUAUAAGCCGAGAAAACGGCGAUGCUGACCCUAAAGUGGACGAGGAGGGAAUUUCGCACGCGGCAUUGAACGCGAAUGGAAAGAGCCGCACUAAAGCCCAGAGAAAGCGCCAAAGUGCGAGCUCUCCCGAGGAAGACAUCAUCGAUGGAUUUGCCAUCUCAUCCUUUUCUUCGCUCGAGUCGCUAGAGUCUCGUGGAGCAAGCAAGUCUGGGAAUGUCAGUGAAAAUAGACAUGGCCAUAACAAAAUUGCCAAACGCAGUUUAGAAAAUGGGAUGAGUAGUAAGAAGAGGCGUGCAGAGAAACGAAGAGCUCGGAUGCAGGAUGCUGAGCAAAGAGACUCUGACACAGAAGAUGAGGCUGAGCGUCACAAGAAGCCGGAAGGAGUAAGACACAGUGUCGCUAAGAAGGGUACUACAAACCACCACAGUGGGGAGCACUCAGACUCUGGGGGGUCAGACAAAGGAUAUCUGUGUGACGCCGAGAGCGAGGAUGACAGAAAUUCGGAAGCUGAAGGUGAACAUGUCAAGCCUGCCCCACCUACACAAGCCACGGCGCCAUUUAGCAGCAACGAGCGACUGGCGCUAAGUGAAGUGAGCACUCUCAGGGACAAGGAGACAGACACAAACGUAUCCAAGCCUUCUGACUGGCCAAGCUCUGCUGCUGUGGCGUCGUUCGCUCGUGUCAGUUCCACGGCGACCUCAGCGUCGUCCAGCCUCGCCCUCUCCUUUGCCGCCACCUCGACCUCCACGUCUCACCCCCUAACGCCCUCGUUCGGCCACCCGCCCAACCUGUUCCCACAUUUCCCCUCAUUCCAUGCGGUCGGCGGACCACUUCCCCACCAACAUGGACCCGAGUUCGCUUAUUCACGGGGGUGGAGAGGCAAGGAGCUCCUAGGGCCUGGCGGAUACCCCAUUGCGACAGGGCAAGACCUUCUUCGACAAGAACUAAACUCGCGGUUCCUCCAAUCCCACACGGACCGCGCCCACUACCUCCACUACGAGAACCACCAACACCAGCACCAACACCACCACCAGCACUCCCAUCAACACCAACACUUCCACUCGCCCCCAGGCCUCGGCCCACCGCCAGCCAACCCACUACUAGGACCCAGUACUCCGGCGGUGGUAAGACCACAUGGUCUUGGGUUACACUCCCCGUGCCCCCCUCCCCCAGGAGCUAUACCACCACCCCUCAUCCCAAGGAAGCCUGGAAGGUGGUGUGCCAAACAUGUCCAGGUCGCCUGGCAGAUCUACUACCAUCAACAAAAGGUGCAAGCCGAGCUCCACAAGGACCCACACACCAAGCCGGAGCAGGUGCCGAUCACACGCGGUGGUAACGCCCUCGGCCUCCACUCACGCCCCAGCCAGGACGUGGGCUACCGAUCCCCUCACCUCCAUGGUGGAGCGGGUACCGUAAGCCCCGUCCCGGUGGCAGCCGGCCACACCCCUGAGAGUGGAAGGCCCAGAGGUUCUUUCAUGGGUGUUUCGCCGAUUCAACCCUCAUCCGCCAAUCCCGAUCACGGAAUCUCUCCAUUUUCAAGCUCCCUAGUACGACCAAACGGGAUAUCCGGAAGUAGCAACUCCAGCGGCUUUCGCACCACUUCCGGUAGCAGCUCUAUCGCCAGCUCGCUGGGUCUUGGAUCAAGCCUAGGGAGCAUGGGUCGAGACUGGGGGCGCAUGUCCACUAAUUCGCCCUCGUUCCAGUCCUGGUUCAGUCGCGAGAUGGCAGAAAGGGGUCGGGAGCGGGAACGAGAACGUGAAAGGGAGCGAGAACGAGAACGUGAAAGAAGUCGUGAGCCGCGUGAUCGACUCGAGGGCGACAAGUUUAGUGUGCACUCGCUGACUUCCGGUCACGUGUCCGAGCGAGAGAGUAGAGAACGCGACCGUGAAAAGAUGGUGACGCGCGUUGACUUAGAAAGCGAUAAACCCAAAGAGGAACGAACAAGCGACGAUCGCCGUCCGGACGACCGGAGAUCGGACAUGGAUCGCUCGCCGCAUCGCCCUGUGCGACCGUCCAAUUUUAACAUCGCGAGUCUUACUAGUGACACUCGGUCAGAGUCGCUUUCGGAUUCGAGGAGUCUCGCUCUAGAGCGAGAUCGAAUUGGCGCUUCGUUGAUUAGACGGGACGAGGACAAAGUCACGUCCGGGGACGAUCGUGACGUCCUCCUGAUUCCCCCGGACAAGCAUGGGCCACCUAGCCACGUGCAUAGCUACCUGGACAAGAGACUUUACGAUAAUGAGCGGACGCUAGACCAGUACGACAUACGACUCACCCGCCCCCCUUUACGACUUGGAUCGUACCCCCAGCCACACCCUUCGAUGAUGUUCGCCCCAGGCUCCCUACCGCCGUACUUCCCCCCGGGCUCAGCCAUGUCAGCGGUCACGCAUCCCCACGCUAUGGGAGGCUUCCUUGGACCGCGUGGCAUGCUGGGGCCGUCGCUUGUUCGCAGUCGUAGUCCGCUAGAAGGCGCGGCGAUGGAGCAUAUUCGCAACUCUGAGCUGCUACAAGCGGCGGCGGAGAAUCGACCAUGACCCGCCUGAUAUCAAUUAAUAUAAACUCAAUAUUAUAUUGUACAGAAAACAGCCAUGCCAAUCAACUGCUUUAUUCACGCAUUAGAAUGAAAACAACCUCCAAGGAUGGAGCAGUAACGAUUAACACUUUGUGCUUCCGCGUUAAGUUCAUCUACAAAUAUUUGCCUUCCAUCACUAUCCCUAGGUCCGACCUUACGAUAGAGGCAAGUCUUGCGCUAUUUACGGCAAGUUUUGCGCUAUUCACAGCUGUAAAUUUGCUCGGAAAGCAUGCAAAUGAUUGUCUUCAAUAUUAUUAAGCUUAUAGCACGGUCUCUUUACACGAAGCGAACUUUGUGUAACUGUUCGCUGUUCCGAACACGUGCUGAAAGCCCUCGGUGAUUUCCUAUAGGACAGUCACAAGUGCUCCGAAGGGUCGGUGUGCACAUCGUCUACGAAUGCUCACCAUGUGACCCAAGAUUUCUAGUGAUCCCUCGAUCACCACUAGAUGCUAGAUGUUGUUUUACCGCUGAACACCCGAAGGCGCAGACUUUCGGCAGCAGACUUGUCUUUAGUGCUCGGGCUUUUUUUCGAAGGCCUGGGUGCGACUUGCCUCUGGCACUCUGGAUGCCCACUGUCAAGCGAACUUCAAAUUCUCCUAACUUGAAUCAACACAAUUUUUAAAAUCAUUAUAAUUGAUACAAAGCGCUACUUACAUAGAGGAAUUCAGAUUAUGAUCAUUUAUUGAGAACGUAUUUGUGAUUCUGUACGGAGCGCGGGUGAUUGUGGUAGAUAAAUGGUCCGCGUUGCUAUAUUUACUGUUAGUGAAGAAUUAAAUUAUCGAUACAUCAUAA